UUCUUCUCCAACAAAUCAAAACAAGAACAUAAAAAAAAAAAAAUGGAUUUCAGAAGAACUCGGUCAGAAUUAGCCAGCCGCUCAAACCAACAGAGAAGAGCUACAGGGAUGAGGACUAAACCUUCUUUCAAGAAGGUGAUUAUGCAAGCUCUAGGAAUACAGUAUGUUGGCUUGGUGGUGAAACCCCUGGUCAGCAAUCUGUUGCAUGACGAGCUUGGGCGCAUUGUUCCACAUAUUAUCAAUCAAAUUGAGGUUGAUGUCAUGCAGAAGGUGCUUGGGGAGCUGCGGAACAUAAUACCUCAGGAUAUAGAUCAAACUGAUCUUGUCAUGCAUCAACAGAUGCGCGAGGAAGGACUGAUGGACGUAAUUACUCGAAUCAACGCCCAAACUAAUGGUAUUGUGGUUCAGCAGAUGGAACCUCUGAUUGCUCAUGCAGACCCCUUACUGAGAUCUCCCAGACUGCCUAUCAAAGAAGCUGGGCCAGCAGCACCAAAGCUGCAACUCUCCUUCCAAAAGAAGCUGCUCCAACCAACCUUCUUCGCUGAGGAUCUUAUCAAAGAUGAGGAUCGUAACAAUCUCCAGGUUGCCCUUAGGCAAAUUGAAUCUGGACAAAUAUAUAGCCCGCCUCUUGAAUUCCCUGUUGAAGUAGAGAUAGUGGUUGUUGAUGGAGAGUUUCCCAGUAAUAGCAGCGGCGAGUGGAGUACUGAGGAAUUCAAUAGCAAAAUAUUGAAGGAACGGGAAGGAAAGAAGCCAUUGCUCUUAGGAGCCUACAAGGCCAGAUUGCAUGAAGGCAUUGCUUCUUUUGGAGGUAUCAAGCUCACUGAUAGUUCCACUUUGGCCAAAUCCGGCAAGUUUAAGUUAGGCGCCAAAGUUUCCUCUAGCAGCCAUGUCGGCUGGGAGAUCAAACCAGCAGUUACAGAAUGCUUUAAAGUUUUAGUUGAACGAAGCAAACAGCAUCAGAAAAGCUACCCCCCAUCUCUGGAUGAUAAGGUAUUCAAGCUGGAAAACAUUAGACUGAAUGGUGAAUUCAUGAAGAGACUGGCUGCUCGCAACAUUACCACUGUGAAAGAUUUCCUCAAGCUUGCAGUUGUUGAUCAGGAGCACCUUCAAAAGAUUACAAAUAUGCCGAGGAAAAUGUUGAAUGAAACUGUCGAGCAUGCAAAAACCUGCAACAGGGGAGAGGUUCUCUACAUGUAUAGCAGGGGGACUUUUGAUCUCAUCUUGAACUCUAUUUGUGAAGUCCAAAGUGUCAACGGCACGCCUUACAAACACCUUACACCAUCGCAACGGGAAUGUGUGAAGGAGUGGGUAUUGGAGGCAUACAACAAGGGGGACAAUUUGGAGAGAUUUUAUGGUAAUUCUCUGAGUGGAGGUGAAUUAGGACCUUCCCUUGUGUCUCAAAACAUGAUCUUGACUGAUACUAGACCUCAUACAAAUGGGCUAGAACAGCUUCCUCCAUCUCACAUAGACAAUGAACGAGAAAAUUCGAAUCUCUUCCAUAGGAGGAGUGAAGCAUCAUCCAACAGAAUCAUUGCAGUACAACAAAAUGGUAAUUCUCUGAGUGGAGGUGAAUUAGGACCUUCCCUUGUGUCUCAGAACAUGAUCUUGACUGGUACUGAACCUCAUACAAAUGGGCUAGAACAGCUUCCUCCAUCACACAUAGACAAUGCACGAGAAAAUUGGAAUCCCUUAGAUGGAAGCAGUGGAGCAUCAUCUAGCGGAAUCAUUAGAGUACAACAAAAUGGUAAUUCUCUGAGUGGAGGUGAAUUAGGACCUUCCCUUGUGUCUCAGAACAUGAUCUUGACUGAUACUGAACCUCAUACAAAUGGACUAGAACAGCUUCCUCCAUCACACAUAGUGAGGACAAUGUUAUUCAAUACACACAGUAUCCAUACUUUUAUGGAAUUCUUAUCUGAUAUGGUGCCCCAAUGUGUGCAGGACAAUGCACGAGAAAAUUGGAAUCCCUUAGAUGGAAGCAGUGGAGCAUCAUCUAGCGGAAUCAUUAGAGUACAACAAAAUGGUAAUUCUCUGAGUGGAGGUGAAUUAGGACCUUCCCUUGUGUCUCAGAACAUGAUCUUGACUGGUACUGGACCUCAUACAAAUGGGCUAGAACAGCUUCCUCCAUCACACACAGACAAUGCACGAGAAAAUUGGAAUCCCUUAGAUGGAAGCAGUGGAGCAUCAUCUAGCGGAAUCAUUAGAGUACAAAAUGAUAAUUCUCCGAAUGGAGGUGAAUUAGGACCUUCCCCUGUGUCUCAGAACAUGAUCUUGACUGGUAUCGGACCUCAUACAAAUGGGCUAAAACAGCUUCCUCCAUCUCACACAGUGAGGACAAUGCUAUUCAACACGCAUAGUAUUGAUACUUUUAUGGAAUUCUUGUCUGAUAUGGUGCCCCAAUGUGUGCUGGACAAUGCACGAGAAAAUUGGAAUCCCUUAGAUGGAAGCAGUGGAGCAUCAUCCAGCAGAAUCAUGGGAGUACAACAAAAUAGUAAUUCUCCGAGUGGAGGUGAAUUAGGACCUUCCCCUGUGUCUCAGAACAUGAUCGUGACUGGUACUGGACCUCAUACAAAUGGGCUAGAACAACUUCCUCCAUCUCACAUAGACAACGCACAACAAAUUUCGAAUCCCUUCCAUGGAAGCAAUGGAACAUCAUCCAGCGGAAUCAUUCGAGUACAACAAAAUGACUCAUUGCGCGAGUUGAGUCGUCUAGAUUCAUUGUCUGGGUAUUCCCUAUGGUAUUGACAGCAAUGAAACAUAUCAAAGAAAUCUAUUCCUUAUUGGAGAGCCAUGGCAAACUUGAGCCCUAUCAAACUUAAUCUUGCUUCA